AAUGUUACCACAUCUAAAAGAAGGAAAUGUAAUAACUAGGUUAUUAAACCUAGUUAAAUGCUUUGUUAAAAGAAAUAAGGAUAUAAAUUUGGGUUAAGUAUGAACAAGGGAGAAACAUGAGGGGUUGAAAAUGGGCAAAGAGAAAGGCAAAAUAUAAAACAAAAAAAUUAAAAAUCACACAACCCAUUCUGGGCGUAUGUGUGUGUGUUCGAGCAGAGGAGAAGAAAAGAGGGGGAAACCCCUCAUGAACCCUAAUCAACGAAAUUGGAUGCGAAUUGGGCUGAAUUCGAACUUGCAUGAGUCGAAAUAGUGAUUAUCUAAGCAAGCUUUAGCCAAGCGUUAGGGAUCACAUGGAAAUGGACUCAAGCAAGAAAGACUAACGGGUCAAGAGGAGACAAGGAAGGGAAUACGAAAACGGACGCUCAAGGAAUGAGUACAUCGGAUUCUUAUGAAAUUUAAGCUGAAUCCGGAACAAGAGAAGGAGAAGGGUUAUUCGAAUGGAUCAAGUUACAUUAUCGAACGUUAUUCAAUCUUUAAUUAUUUGAGAUUAAUGUUAUAUGAUGUUGUCAUCGACUAAUGGCUAAGUUGUAUGUGAUGCCCACAGGUACUACACGGACUUGUUCUGCUGCUAAGGAAGUGAAGCGGACGUAGAUCGAGUCAAGAGCAAGGAUUGUACGGAUAGAUCGGUCACAUAGUUGAAGUAUAUAAUGUCUAGAAAUCUAAAUUUUAGUAUGAAUGUGAUACGGAUCCCCCAUGAUCCACCCAACUAUUAGCCCCAUGUUCUCCUGAUCAAUCCCACGUUUAUUUGCAUUAGUUGUUAGUCUUUUAUUUUUGUUAUUUCAAUUCCUAGAAGUUAGUGGGUAGUUGAACCACUAACCCUUCUUCCUUAUUUCCUGCAUUGCAUUACGUGCAUAUUUGUAAGCCUUUAAAAAGGCAUGUUUGGUGUUUUAAUGGAGAACAUGAAAAAUUGAUCAAAAAAUCUCUUAAGUUUACUGUUCUUAUUGUUCUUUUAUUUUGGGAGACCACCGAUCUCGAACUCGGUUCUAUCAUUUGGUGCUUUCAUUCUUCGUCUUCACCUCCCGACAUGCCGCCCCGUCGUGAACCCACCUCCGAUAACCCUUCCACAGAUGAUUUGCUUACCUCCCUCGCCGAAUCCGUCAACAAAUUGAUCACCUCCAACACCGCAGCCACCAACCAGAUGGUUUCCGGUCAAGAGCAACACAACGCUCAUCUGGAUAUCAUCAUCAAACAGUUGGCAGCUCAAUAUGAGCAAACAAACAACCUCAUUGCUACCCUUCUUCGCCCCGAUCCGAACAGACCUGGCCCUUCCGGGUCGAACACUCCGCCACCUCCACCACCGCCACCUCCACCACCACCGCCGCCGCCACCACCACCUCCUACCAAUCACAACCCCAAACCACCGAAGAUUACCCUUCCCAUGUUUGAUGGUUCGAACCCAUUGGAUUGGCUCUUCCAAGCCAAUAACUACUUUAACUACUACUCCGUUUCAGACGCUCAACGGCUUUAUUUAGCUGUGUUCUACUUCACCGGUGAUGCACUGAGUUGGUACAAGCAUCUCUCCAACAACAGGUUACUCGGAAGUUGGUCGGAAUUUUCCCGAUCUUUGGAGCUCCGAUUUGGUCCUUCUUCCUACGAGAAUCACCAGGCGACCCUUUUCAAACUCCAGCAAACAACCACUGUGGCCGCGUAUCAAACUGAGUUUGAACGACUCACCAACAGGGUCAUCGGUUUAUCGCCCGAGACACUGAAGAAUUGUUUCAUUUCCGGCCUUAAACCGGACAUUCAAAGUGAACUAGCUAUCCAUCAUCCUCAAACAUUGCAUCAAACAUAUGGAUUAGCUCGUUUAAUUGAAGACAAGCUUCAUACCGGGAUUCUUUCUCCGACUGUGGAACUGAGUCCGAGUCAACUCACACCGGCGUCAACUCCAUCACACCCGUUGAAGCGCCUCACUCAAGCAGAAAUGCAAGCCAAGAAAGCUGCCGGCAUUUGUUUCCAUUGUGACGAAAAGUUCCAGCCGGGGCACCGUUGCAAAACGCCACAAUUCUUAUUGUUUGAACCACCAACGGAACCGCCAUGGGCCGCCUCGACUACACAUGUGGGUCGUGAGGACACGACCCGUUUUAAUGGGGCGGGUAUUGAUACGGAUCCCCCAUGAUCCACCCAACUAUUAGCCCCAUGUUCUCCUGAUCAAUCCCACGUUUAUUUGCAUUAGUUGUUAGUCUUUUAUUUUUGUUAUUUCAAUUCCUAGAAGUUAGUGGGUAGUUGAACCACUAACCCUUCUUCCUUAUUUCCUGCAUUGCAUUACGUGCAUAUUUGUAAGCCUUUAAAAAGGCAUGUUUGGUGUUUUAAUGGAGAACAUGAAAAAUUGAUCAAAAAAUCUC